UGAAGAAAGCUCGCUGUGAUGGCGAAAGUAAACUCACCGAAUUAGACUGAUAAACUCACCCAUCACCGUUGCCGCGGUAACGGUAUCCAACUACGUGCAGUAUCCUGGCAACAGUGGCCAAACAAAAGGGCUGCUUUGCCUCACUGGGAUGAAGAAGAUGAAGCGACCGGACAGCAAACUUAACGAAACAGAGGUGAAGCAAAAUGGCGACGCAGGUGGUCAUCUCUCUGUGUUUACCAAUGUUCACACCGCGGCAGGAAGUCCCGAGAAAAGACUUCUGUCCGCCUUUAAGAAAGACACAAACCCCGGGAAGGCUUACCUGGCAGGGAGAGAGUAUUACAGCGAGGAUGGAAAGACCUUUGAACUGCGUCUUGUUAGAAGAAUAAAGCAACAGCUAAGCGCUGAUCCCACCACUCGCCCGGAGUAUCCGUCUCCCCUCGGCCUAACAGAGUUCACCAGGCGAGCCACAGAGGUUGCUUUAGGGAAAAGCUCUCGGGCUAUAGUGGAAGAACGGGUGUUAGGUGUUCAGACUCCUGGUUUCACCGCUGCUGUGCGACUUGGGGCUGAACUCUUGAGAAAUUGGUACGAUCACUGUGCCGCUUGGUGUGGGCCAGUAUACCUCUCUUCCCCCUGUGACGACUCUUUGGCUGGUAUCUUCCAGGCAGCGGGGAUCCAAGAUAUCCGGGAGUAUUAUUACUGGGAUGACCAGCAGCGGGGCGUUUGCUUGGAUAAGCUGCUGGAGGAUCUGGAGAAGGCUCCGGAGCGAAGCGUUGUUGUUCUGUCAGCGUCUGCACACUAUCCCACCGGAGCAGACCUCUCUCACAAUCAAUGGGCUGUGAUUACAGAACUCAUCAUGAGGCGCAGGCUUUUUCCGUUCCUCUUGCUGCCUCCUCAGGCGCUCUGCUAUGGAAAUGUGGAGCGGGCGGCCUGGCCUGUUCAUUACUGCGCCUCGCAGGGGAUGGAGCUGCUCUGUGCUCAGUCCUUCUCCCACUGCUUCGGACUAUAUGGCGAGGCUGUCGGUCACCUGCUGUGCGUGUUGAAGCAGAACUCCCUCCUGUUAUCUGUGCAGUCUCAAGCUGCCACAAUAGUCAAGUCACUGUGGGCACAGCCGUCCGCAGGAGGAGCAAAUAUUGUGGCCACAGUGCUCAGUAACCCAGCACAUGUUGUUGAAUGGAAGGAAGAAGUGAAGCACAUUGUGGAGCGAUGUAUGCUGAUCAGAGAGCUGUUGAGAGAAAGGCUGAGGCUUCUGGGAGCUCCAGGCUGUUGGGACCGUCUGACUCAACAGAGCGGACUCUACUGUAACACCGGAUUGAAUGAGGAUCAGGUAGAGUUUCUGUCCCAGAGGAGACAUGUGUACCUGCUCCCCAGCGGCUGUCUCAAUGUGAGCGCAAUCAACGGGCGUAACUUGGAUUAUAUAGCCGAGUCCAUCCAUCGGGCCCUGACCACUUCACUCUGACCAUGUGGCUUUUGAAUCAAGCUCUACAAUCAGAGUCAAAGGGGCUUUCCCGUCCCGACUGCAGCUCUCAUCUAGAUCGAUCUAAUCCAUGGGUCAUUUUGAAAAGCUCUCUUUCAAGAUGACUAUGAUCACAGUUUCAGGUCUGGCUAUUGCAGAGUGUCCCCGACUUCUUAUGAGAAAGGUGCAAUCUUUAGUAAUUGUAACAGACAGUGUAACCCCUUCUGGGGAGAAGACCCGAGUAUAAGAUGUGUUCAUGUGUCCUGUAAUGUAUGUAUUGAUUAGGUCAGCCAUAUAGAUAAAAGAAAAUAACAGCAGUGAUGUAAACUUCAUUUUUUAAAUGUUGUUACUUUAGCUGGAGAGUCUGUAUAAGGUGCAGUGUCUAAAGCCAGCAGUUUAACUACACUUACGUUGUUAGCUUGGUUUAGAACUAUUAUCUUGGAUCUAAUUUGUUUAAUUCUUACAAAAAAAUAAAUAUAGAAACAUCUUUUUGUGAAGUUACAAGGGGAAAAAACACAAAUUGACAUUUUUACAUCUUUGUUUUUAUGCCAAUUAAAGAAAAAAGACAAACAUUAGAGAGAUCUUUUCAAGCAAAUAAGUGCAUGUACUGUAAUGUCAAACUCUCCCUUUACCUAUAUA